CCACCAAGCGAGUAACACCUAUUUCCAACUAGCUCCGAAAUCCUUAAAGUAUUAUUAUAAUUUAAUAACCUAUUCGUUCCUCCGCGAGUAUUCUCCAUUCGGUUCCGUCUACCUCAGUCGCUCUUGCCGGUUAUAAUAUUUGGCGACGAGGAAAAUCUACAAAAAGCGCGCGUGUGAUAAAAAAAAGUGCUGUUCCGCGGGCGAUUGCCGGAUAGACUUUCUUCGCUAGGAGUGUUCAGUUUUGCCUCCGGGCGGAGUUUUGCCUCCAUAUCAGCAGCGGCACAACAAAUUGAAAACUGGUUGCAGAGCAAGUGGUAGACAUCGGAUUAAUCCGACGUGGAUUUCCUGGAGAAGCAGUAUUGAUAGCGGCGAUUGCCGACAGACAGGUUUUUUACCCCUUGGGAUUAAAGUCCGUUGAAGGUACCGGAGCACAAUAAAUUUUCGGGUUUGGUAAUUGUUGGAAUGUGGUAAGUCGUUUUUGUUUUGACAGUGGUAUUGCUUCUUUCAUUUGAAAUUUAUAUUUAGUUAGUGAGAAAAGUGAUUUUUUUUAUUUUGGAAUACAUUGUUCGUGAAAAAGUGCAUUGUGUUAAGUAACAAUUAGACAAAAGGCCGUUUUUCGCAUGAAUGGCGGAUACGCCUUAAAUUGAAACGGUUUUAUUUAAUUAAUUUGUUUUAUUUUUUUCUCUUUUUUUGGUGAAAUUUUUCGGUUUUAUUUUUCUUGAUGACCAAUGGAAGUAUGUUGCUUUUGAUAAAUUGUGCGCAAAUUAUUUAAAACCAAUUGAGAUAUUUAAUUUAAGGUGCUUAUAUGGUACCAUUUUAACAAAUUAUUUUGAAACAUUAAUCCGAAUUAUUUUGGGUUUAUUAUUUUAUAAAAUUUUAAUUAUUGGUUGGUUUUAAUAGCUAUAGAGAUUAUGUCGUACGUAGCAUCAAACAUCGAUCCGUACCGUAAGGGACAAUCUUUGCAUCAUGGUUUAAGCGGUUAGGGUACCACUUUCGUAUCAACAAAGUAGCAGAUGCCAACAAGAAAGACCACAUGUUCCUUCUUGGAGGUGAUUAUCUUUUUGAAGUGGCUCAGAAUUUGUACUUUAGUGAGCGGUUGCUUGAUGAAGCACCACUUGAAGAGCUAAUCGAAAAACUUAAGCGAAAAUUGGACAAAAUGGAUUCAGCCUUAAUCCAACGUUUUAAAUUUGGGUCCCGAGUACAGCAACCUGGUGAAACAGCCAGUGAUUUUCUUUUUUCGCUUAAACUCCAAGCUGAGUAUUGUAACUUUAAAGGUGAUAAACAGGAUCGCAUACUUGAUCGAAUUCUCAUUGGCUUGUCGGAUGACGCCUUGAGACAAAAGUUAUUAGCGGAAGAUGGGGACAAAUUGAAUCUCGCUCAAGUUGAGAAAAUUAUUUCUACAUGGGAGUUUGCUGCUUCUAAUGCCAAAACAUUAACACAAGACAAUUCUUUUGAACAAAUCGCUUCUAUUGUUGGAAGUCGUGGUAAGUUUGAACGCUUGACAGAUUCAAAUCACAGGUAUGUUCCAGUGAAGAGCCGAGUAGGCUUUAGAAAAUUUUCAGGUGAUGACGAGCCUAACACAAAACCCUACAAUAGGUACAGCAAUCAUGUGAAUCAUCGUUCGCAGACCGGACGGGUUAGACAAGUGCGGCUCCAGGAACAGCGAAGAAGGUAUCUGGAUGCAGUGGUUCAUCCGGUGGAACUGAAGAGCGAUGAACAACCAGCAAUUGAUCAGCGAGUGUGCUACUAUUGUGGAGUUCGAGGACAUGUUCGCAGGAGGUGCCCGAAGCUGGAACAAUUCAAUAGGAGUCCGAUCAACAACAUCAACUUUGAAAAAACCUGUGCGAAAAAUGACGAUAAUUUGUCGAAUAUGAUGAGUUGUUGGAAAGACAAGAGUGAUUAUUCGGAUCCAGGUGAAUUACAGUGCAUGCAUGUUUCCUCCAUUGGCAAAAGUCAUCCAUGUUUACUAGAACUGGGUAUUCAAGGCAUCAAUGUGCAGAUGGAGAUUGAUAGUGGCUCCGACGUUUCCGUGAUUGGUAAGAAGCUAUUUUUGGCUAAAUUCGAUGUUCCACUUGAAAAAAGUUCCAAUAGUUUGAUAGUGGUAAACGGUUCUCGAUUGAAAAUUGUUGGGAAAAUUGUUGUUUCGGUAGUAUUUCGGAAUAUAAAGGCAAAAUUGAAACUUCUAGUAUUGGAUAGUGAUCAUGAUUUUAUUCCUUUAUUUGGGAGAAACUGGUUGGAUGUUUUCUUUCCCAACUGGCGUAACAGUUUUGAAAAACAAGUAACUGGAAACAGAAUAAGUAUACACAAGAACAACGAUUUAAUGAUUUAUGUCAGGACUAAAUUGUCUGAUGUAUUCAUUAAAGAUUUUUUGACUCCUAUUAAAGGUAAUGAAGCCGAGUUGGUUUUAAAAAUUGACACACCUAUUUAUAGGAAAGCUUUUGACGUUCCCGAUGCAAUAAGGGAUAAUAGUGCUGAUAUUUGUUUGCGAUUCCCAUUGGAGCAGUCAGUUGCUGAUUUGGAAAUGAUUGUUAGUGCUUGUGAUGCUUCUGCUGUUAUGGCAGAGCAACCAAAACAGUUGAAUAAUUUGAAAUGUACUCCUUCCACAACACUUUUUGAUAGAAUACACCAAGAAUAUUUCUACUAUAAGCAUCACAUUUGUUUUUUGAACGCUGAUGGCUUUUCAAAGUGGAUGGAAGUUGAACGGAGGAAAAAUAAAAAUGAAUGUGAAGAAUUGAUAAAACUACUGUUAGCAUAUUUUGCUAAAUAUGGGUUUCCAGACAGAAUGUCAAGUAGUGGUCCUCUAUUAAGUCCUCACUUUUUUGAGAGGCAAGGAAUAUGGGGUUUAAACAGUCAUCCGUAUAAUCUUGCUAUUAAUGGCAAGGCGGAGGGAAUAGUUCGAAUGGUUAAAGAUGUAAUUAGAUUGUUUCUACUUGACCCAAAGUACUUAUACGCAGAGGAGGAUCUAAUUGGACUAGUUUUAAUACAUUUUAAAAAUAAUAUGACGAUGGAAGGAUUUAUUUCUUCUCGAAAUGUUUUAUGUUAUUAUUUUAAAUUGUUAAUCGAUGUGAUUAAAGUAAUACUAAACAAAAACGAUAAAAAUGUACCAUUAACUAAAUGUGAUAAUCGCAAUGAUAAAUUGUCGACGAGAUAUAGUAACGAUAUUGACAAAACGCCUAGUAAAGAUCCUUUAGGCAGCCGGAUGGCUGAUGAUGUGUUAUGGUACAGAAACAGUAACCCUCUGUCUAAAUGGUUGAAAGCUAAUUUCCGUAAACGUUUUUGUAAAAAUAUUUUACAGACUACAGCUACGGCGCGCAGAAGUCAAAUAAAGAUCGUGCAUGAUGAGGACGGCCGGGUUCGAAGAAAGAUGGUGGUACAUGUCGAUCAUGAUGUCGAUGAUGCCGAUCCAUUACCACCACCAUGUAGUACGUUUGGCGAGGACUCUUUCUGGGGAAUCCCGGAGAGCGAUUUGCUAAGACGAAGAAACGACGAACUUUUGCCGGUGAAGCCGAAUCGAAAACGAAUGAUUACUAAUUUGGCGCUCGAUGGCCUGCCAAUGCGUUCGAAGAAAACGCGAUGCAACAAUCUGAAAAGCUGCGUUCCGCGAUACCACUCUGAGACACAUCAACCUAUGUGUGCUCUCCAGUUUCUGACGCUAUCGACGCUAAGCGCCGAUGCCCAAGCUGGGCCGCCGCAUUUGAGGAUAGAUACAACAACACCAGCUAGUAGCCUACGUCUGCUGGAGCACACCCUGAGCUAUUGGACAUCAUCGUCGAUAAUGCCGCAAUAG